UCUGUCUUAAAGGCUUAUUUUGGGUGUGGAGUAUUGUCGGCAAACCUUGAUCCCUUUGCUGGCACACCUGUGGAAAUCUGUAUAAAAGACUGGGCCUGCCGGAUCUCAGACGUCAAGUCAUCCUGAGGGAACCAUCCUGAGUGUCUCCGUACGCUGACAGAAGAUGGACCACAGACUCGUCUCCACUGUGCUAGCGCUGCUGCUGAGCCUCUCACAGGCACAUCCUCUCAUGAAGCUUGAGAGUGGAGAGGUUAUCCAGAUAGAGGACCCCGAAGAUCUGGACAUCACAACCCGGAUUCUGGAGUCAAACAAUGGAUCCAGUCAGAUGCUGAUGGAGGGGGACCUGAUCGUAUCAAACACCAGGAAUGCCCUGAACUGCUGGCAUAGAAAGUGCCUAUGGAGGAAAUCCUCAAACGGACUUGUCGAAGUGCCGUACACAGUGAGCGAUGACUUCUCCUACUUUGAAAAGUGGAGGAUUGAGUACGCCAUGAAUACGUUCCACACAAGAACUUGCAUUCGCUUUGUCCCCCGGCAGAGUCAGUCAGACUACAUCAGCAUUGAGAGCAAAGACGGUUGCUAUUCGUAUCUUGGGAGAACAGGAGGCAGACAGGUAGUUUCUCUGGCCAGAUUCGGCUGUGUUUAUAACGGCAUCAUUCAGCAUGAGCUGAACCACGCGCUGGGCUUCUAUCACGAGCACACAAGGAGCGACCGAGAUCAAUACGUUCGCAUCAACUGGGAAUACGUCGCACCAUACUCGGUCUACAACUUUCAGAAACAGGACACUAAUAACCUCAACACUCCAUAUGACUAUUCUUCUAUCAUGCAUUAUGGAAGAAGUGCUUUCUCAACCCAGUAUGGACAAGAAACUAUCACUCCCAUACCCGACCCAAAUCAGCCAAUUGGACAGAGGCGAAAUCUGUCAGACCUGGACAUUCAGAGGAUCAACAGGCUUUAUGGCUGCUCGGGGCAGGAA